ACGCUGUCCGAGGGGUGGACACUCCACAGAACCGGGAGCUGGGCGCCACCUCCAGCAGCAUCGUAGGAAGAGAGGAGGUGGAGGAGGCGUCACAGCUAGGUUGUCGCAGGGAGGAAAAGGAGGUCAUUUUGGAGGAGUGUUGGGCUGUCGGGGAUGACGCAACUUACUUGGGGGUGAGGAAGAAGGUGGCAGGCAUAGCUGCCAUACCUGCUGCGCCGGCAGGUGAUCGUCAGCCAGGAGUUUCUCUGGGAGGAUUGCCGCUGCGCCAUCAGGGGGUCGUACGCUGCUGGCGCUUCUUUCAAGGACCCCGCGCUGUGCUUGAGCGAGAGAGACGUCCGAUUGCUGCUCCGAAGAUGAAUCCGCGCGACAAGAAGGAUGAGGACCGGGACGAUGAGACGGAGUACUCACCAUUCUAUGGGAUUGAGAAGGGGGCGGUUCUCCAGGACUCUAGGGUUUUCAAUGACCCUCAGCUCGAUGCCAGGCGAUGUGCCCAGGUUAUUACGAAGCUUUUGUAUUUACUGAAUCAGGGAGAGACAUUCACAAAGACAGAGGCGACGGAAGUUUUCUUUGCUGUGACCAAGCUGUUCCAGUCCAAAGAUGUGGGCCUCAGACGAAUGGUUUAUCUCAUGAUAAAAGAGAUUUCUCCGUCUUCAGAUGAGGUCAUCAUCGUCACAAGCUCUCUGAUGAAAGAUAUGAACAGUAAGACGGAUUUGUAUCGGGCAAAUGCAAUCCGUGUGUUGUGCAAAAUAACCGACAGUGCAUUACUUGGCCAGAUCGAGCGAUACUUGAAGCAAGCCGUCGUAGACAAGAACGUUGUCGUUGCAAGUGCAGCUCUUGUCAGCGGGAUUCAUCUUCUUCAGACAAACCCAGACAUUGUUCGAAGGUGGAGCAAUGAAGUGCAGGAGGCAGUUCAUUCCAAAGCGCCGCUUGUGCAGUUCCACGCACUGGCUCUGCUUCAUCAGAUUCGACAGAACGACAGACUUGCAGUGAGCAAGCUUGUGACUAGCCUGACCAGAGGGGCCAUUCGAUCACCGCUUGCACAGUGUCUUCUCAUUCGAUACACCAGCCAGGUCAUCCAUGAAAGCAGCAAUGGGCAAGGCGACCGACCUUUCUAUGAUUUCUUGGAAAGCUGUUUGCGGCACAAGGCAGAGAUGGUCAUAUUCGAAGCGGCACGAGCCAUAACGGAGAUGCGUGGUGUUACGAGCCGUGAACUUUCGCCUGCGAUCACGGUUCUGCAGCUCUUCCUCAGUUCCUCGAAGCCUGUACUUCGGUUUGCAGCUGUGCGAACGCUGAACAAGGUAGCAAUGACUCACCCUCUUGCAGUGACAAAUUGUAACAUCGACAUGGAGAGUUUGAUUUCAGACCAGAACCGCAGCAUAGCUACCCUUGCUAUCACGACAUUGCUGAAGACAGGCAAUGAGUCAAGUGUUGACAGGCUGAUGAAGCAGAUCACCAACUUCAUGUCAGACAUUGCCGAUGAGUUCAAGAUUGUGGUGGUGGAAGCAAUCCGCUCACUGUGCCUGAAAUUCCCGCAGAAAUAUCGAACGCUGAUGAACUUCUUGAGCAAUAUCUUGAGGGAAGAGGGGGGGUUUGACUACAAGAAGGCGAUUGUGGACUCCAUUCUGAUUUUGAUUCGGGAGAUUCCCGACGCUAAAGAGAGCGGCCUUUCACACCUCUGUGAAUUCAUAGAGGAUUGUGAAUUCACUUACUUGUCCACGCAGAUACUCCAUCUGCUUGGAAAUGAAGGACCAAAAACUCAAGACCCGAGCAAGUACAUCCGUUUCAUUUACAACAGAGUCAUUCUUGAAAAUGCUACCGUUCGUGCUAGUGCAGUGAGUGCACUUGCAAAGUUUGGAUCGGUUGUUGAAUACUUGCGGCCAAGGAUUCUAGUUUUGCUGAGGCGUUGCUUGUAUGAUAAUGAUGACGAGGUGCGCGACAGGGCGACCUUGUACUUGAAGGUUCUGGACGAAGAACAGGUGGCAAAGAAGUAUUUGCUGGAGGAUGUGGGUGUACCCCUGGAGAAUCUGGAGAGCAGCCUUCGGGCCUACACCUCUGGGUAUCAACUGGAUGAAUCAUUCGACAUCACUUCUGUUCCAAGAGAUGUAAAGGGUCCAUCAGCACAGGAUAAGAAGCUGGCCCCGGGGAAAAAGCCACAGGAAGUUUCUGGCAGAGGCCUGGAAAAUGGUGUUCCUGCUGCCGGUGCUGGUGCACAGGAAGCCUACGUGUCAUUGCUCAGUUCUAUUCCAGAGUUCGCCCAACUUGGAAAGCUGUUCAAGUCAUCUCCACCUGUGGAGCUUACAGAGGCAGAGACGGAAUACUCGGUGAAUGUUGUGAAGCAUAUCUUCCCAGCACAUAUAGUGUUCCAGUUCAAUUGCACGAAUACAAUUGCUGAACAACUCCUCGAGAAUGUCAGCGUGAUUAUGGAGCUCACCGAAGGAGACGAAUUUGCUGAGGAAGCAACCAUACCAUUGAAGUCUCUGCCUUGUGGAGCACCUGGCCAGACGUUUGUUCUUAUGAGCAGACCUGAAAAUGCCUGCGCAUUUGGGAAAUUCUCAAACACGCUCAAGUUCCGAGUCAAGGAGGUUGAUCCUUCCACAGGAGAGGCAGACGAAGAUGGGUAUGACGAUGAGUACUCUCUUGAAGACGCGACAGUGACAGCCAAUGACUACGUUCUGCAGGUGGCAGUGCCAAACUUCAGGAAUGCCUGGGAGGUAAUGGGCCCAACGUUCUCGAAGGGAGAUGAAUGGACAUUAGGUGUGCGGGACAAUCUGAAUGAAGCAGUCCAGGCGGUGAUCAAUGUUUUGGGCAUGCAGCCUUGUGAGGGUACAGAGAAUGUGCCAUCCAACGCAAGGUCGCAUACAUGUCUGCUGUCAGGGUUGUUCAUAGGCUAUGUACAAGUGCUGGUGAGAUUGUCGUUCGGCAUCGAUCCGCAGAAGCAGGUUGCGAUGAAGUUGACUGUGCGGGCAGAGAAUCAAGCUGUUUGUGACAUGAUUCAUGAGGUCAUAGGUAAUGCUUAGCUUUAGUGGAUAGGAGGGAGAAAUGAGGAUAGGGAGGGGGAGGGGGGAAGCGGUGGGGGAAGGUACGGAACGUGGUUGGUUUUUGUGUGAAUGUGUUUCUCAAUAAGCUUUGCGGAUGGUCUGGUUAUCAGACCAUGGCUACUUGGCAGGAAUAAUUGCGGCAAGGAAAGUGGGAAGGCAGGUUUUAAACUUAGCAGGAACCUGGUUCGGCGUGUCAUCAAGGUUUUGGCAAACUGUGAUGCCGGUCGGAAUUUUAGCAACUUUUAUUGUGUUCCUACGUACCUUUCUUCUUUGAUUGAUGGUGGAAUCAGGUAAUGCCAAGAUGUUGUGACACAGACCGCGGUUCUUCCCUCCAACCUGCACUGGCCUAACCAGGUAAUAAUAAGGAAGAUGAAUGUUCCUACUCUGCAUUGUUACCUCUGUGUAAGUUGAAGUAGGAGACGGGCUGAGGAAAGAGGGGAGAAGUGGGUGAAGCAAAGUUAUACAGAGAAAGGGAGGGAGGCUAAUGAGAGUGGUAUUUGGAAGUGGAAAUGGGUGGGGAGCUAGGAUGAUUGCAAGAAACCAAAGAGAAGUGAAAUUGAAGUUUGGCAACUUUGGCCAAAGUUUUUUUUCUUUUUUUUUCCUUUUUGACCCAGCUUCAGCCUGCUAGUGGGGGAGAGCAGUGGACAAAGCUAGUUGUACAGAGAAAGGGAGGGAGGCAAAUACAUGGUAUGCGGGAGCGGAAGUAGGGGGAGAAGUUGAAUGAUUACAAGGGACCUUUAUUUUGGGGGGGAGAGGAGGGGGGGGGACAAUGCUUCAAUCUGUUCACGGGAGCAACACGUGCUGGGAACCGGGUGCAACGUCCCCAAAAGAAAUUACAAAGAACAAAUGAAAAUACCCGGG